AAGUUACUUGUGUGCGCUGGAGCAGAGAAGAUCCUCUCAACAGCUCUGAGUCUAUAUUACUCACUCGACAAAACAUCCCCGGAUUCUACCAACCCAUCACUUUCUCCCCUUCCCAGGCCGGAGCGGAGUGGUGACAGGUGGGGCUGGCCCAGGCCGGAUUAAACAUUAAUGCAAUUGUCAUCGCUGCCCAGGGGACCGAGUGCCCUCAGAGCGAAGAUACAGAGCUGUCUGGUGGCUCAGCGCGGAGGAGCUGGUGACCUGCAGCCAUGGCCCAAUUUGCCCAGAUCCUGGCUGAGAUUGGGGACCUGGGUCGCUUCCAGAUACAACUGCUGGUCCUCCUAAGUAUCCCCAACUUCCUUUCGGCCUUCUACAUGUUCGCGCAGGUGUUCAUGGUCCUAGACGAGGCCCACCACUGCUCAGUGGACUGGGUCAAGAACCCCCCUUUUAACCUCAGCGCCCCGCUGCCGCUGAACCUGAGUGUGCCUCUUGAUGCCGCCGGCAACCCUGAGAGCUGCCUCAUGUUCCGGCCGCCCCCUGCCAACGCCAGCCUGGGGGACAUCCUCAGCCACCGCUUCAAUGAGACGCAGCCUUGUGCGAGCGGCUGGGACUAUCCUGAAGGCAGGCCCCCGUCCCUCUUGAACGAGUUUGACCUGGUGUGCGAUCGGAAGUAUCUGAAAGAGACCUCGCAGUCCAUCUACAUGGCCGGGCUCCUCCUGGGCUCUCUCAUCUUUGGGCCCGUCUGUGACCGGGUGGGUCGCAAGAUGACCAUCUUGGUACAGCUGCUGCUCUUUACCCUCAUUGGCCUGGGCACGGCCUUUAUGCCCAGCUUCGAGCUCUACACAGCCCUGCGCUUUGCCGUGGCCACCGCUGUCGCCGGCUAUGCCUUCAGCAAUGUCUCCCUGCUGACCGAGUGGGUGGGGCCUUCCAGGAGGACCCAGGCCGUGGUCUUGGCCCAUUGCACCUUCUCCCUCGGGCAGAUGGCACUAGCAGGACUAGCCUAUGGCGUCCGCCACUGGCGGCUCUUCCAGAUCGCGGGCACCGCUCCAACCUUGCUGCUCUUCUUCUACAUCUGGGUUCUCCCGGAGUCUGCCCGGUGGCUCCUGAUCAAGGGGAGGACAGAGGAGGCAAAACAACUUAUCCAGAAGGCAGCUGCGGUCAAUAAGAGGAAACUGUCCCCAGAACUCCUGAAUCAGCUGGUCCUCGAGAAGACGGGCCCCUCAGGGAAUGCCCUAGAUCUCUUCCGACACCCCCAGCUCAGGAGGAUGACUCUGAUCCUUUUCUGUGUCUGGUUUGUGGACUCCCUGGUGUACUUUGGCUUGAGUUUCCAAGUAGAGGACUUUGGCCUUGACAUCUACCUGACACAGCUCAUCUUCGGAGCCGUUGAGGUACCUGCUCGCUAUUCCACCAUGUUCAUGAUGGAGAAGUUGGGUCGCAAGUGGAGCCAGCUGGGGACCCUAGUUGUAGGCGGCCUCAUGUGUAUCAUCAUCAUCUUCAUCCCAGCAGAUCUGCCUGUGGUGGUCACCGUGCUGGCCGUGGUGGGGAAGUUUGCCACGGCUGCGGGAUUCACCAUCUCCUAUGUCUACUCUGCUGAGCUCUUCCCCACCAUUAUCCGGCAGACGGGCAUGGGCCUGGUGGCCAUCUUCUCCAGGAUCGGAGGCAUCAUCACGCCCCUGGUGAUCCUGCUGGAGGAAUACUACGCGGCUCUCCCCAUGCUCAUCUAUGGCAUUCUCCCCAUCAUCGUGGGCUUCCUCUGCGUCCUGCUGCCAGAGACGCGGGGCCAGACCCUGAGGGACACCAUCGAGGACCUGGAGCAGGACUCCCACCCACGGUCCCUGACGCCAGCACCCUCAGAAAAGGGGACAGUAGCCACAGAGAGCGCGUCCAGCCCAGAGGUGGCCUAUGGGAGCAGCACAUACUUCUAAAGGUGACUUCUAAACACCAGUCCUACAUUAGCAGGAGAACUGCCUCAACAUUCCCCCCUGGGCAUGGCUGUGACCGCUGAAGACCCAAGGGCAAGGCCAAGCUUGAUUGUGGAGACCAGACCCCACGGAUGAGCCCAAUUCCAGAAUCAGAUGAGACCAGACCCCGCUUCUUCUUCACCUUUUUCAGCUCCCGAACCCCUGACAGGCAUCCCAUCCCCAAUGCUCCAUUUGGGUUUGGGUCUGGGUCUCAUCUCGGGCUUCACCUAUGCUCUGGGAAUGUUGUGGGGGUUACAGCUCUCUUGCUCCUUUUGAUUAGGACCCCUCCCACCCCAUGCUAGGAACAGAAAGCCUUUCCCAGUCUGUAGACACGGGAGAAGGACGACUGUGGAGUGGUGGGCUCUAGCCAAGCAGGCUAAGGAUAAAAAGGGCUAGGAAGAAAGGAAGCCGGUCCUUUCUCGUGCCUGAACCAGCCCUUUGGCUAAGAAUCAGCCCCAUCGGACAUUGGAUACCACUGAGAGCAGACUUGUAGUCCACUCAAAGACCCUUCAACCCCUUGGUCUACACUCGCCUCAUGCCUCUCUGUGACUCAGGGAUCAGCAGUGAGGAAGGUGGGGGGGGGGGGUAGGGGGGGUGUUUGUUUUCUCCUUGGCCAUUCCUCCCCCUCAAGCUCUGCUACUUCUGGCUUCCACACCAGGGUCUACACCAGGCAAGGGGGAAGGACAGAGGUCUUCCUUCAUGCUGCUGUUUUUAGCUCUCCCUCUAGGUGUGUACUACUAGCCCAGUUACAUAAUCUCCUGUCAACUUGCAAAGGGGUGAUCUAGCUGCUCAGUGAGGCCUUUCCUAUAUGGCCUUACACUUCUCUGCUUGUCUCCCUGCUGGCAAGCCACAUGGAGCUACACUGAUGCAGCCAGAGCCCUGGAGCUGGAGGAGCC